AGUUCCUCUCGUGGAACAUGACAUUAUUGACCGCCAAAAUUGGGCUAUUUGGGGCUUACUUAAUCAGUAUUUAUAGUUUUUGUUAUUUCACAGACAGCACCAGAAAAACCAGAGUAAGAUUCUAACACAGUUUCUUUUGCUAACAAAUCGACAUGCAUUUUGGUCUACAAUGCCUGCGGUGAGACAAGGAAGAAGGAUAGAAAAAGCACUUUCUUGUAGCUCAUAAUGGCUUUUACUCUACCAGGUUAUUGAAGGAAUUUUGAGUAAUUCCUCUCUCAGGCUGACCCUCCUGUUUAGUCCUUCUGGUUCCCACAGAGAGGUUUUUUUCUACAUAAUUGCCACUUCUUGUCUUUCACGCAAGUGACCUUAUAUUACCUGAAAAGGAAGGUCAAGUUUUACUAGUAGCUCCAUGGAACUGUAGGUUGUGUUGUGAAUCUUGUUUCUCACUGACAAACAUUUUGCUUCUGAAGCUAAGCAGUACGUAUAGUGAUAUCAGAGCCACAGUUUAGGCCACGUUUAGGAUACUGCUGUUCAAGUUUAUGGGUUCUCAGAUACCAAAAUCUACAAGGUUUGGGCAUCCAACUUCUGAUUUUCAUGACAAAUAUGGAAGUUAUCAAAACGGAAGCAGACUGUCUCCAGGGUCAAUAUUGGAGAGCAUAGAGAGAAAAUUUUUAAGUGCUUAUAAGAGCUUUAGAAGGAUAAUAACACACUUAAGUUUCAAGCAUCCAGGUGAUCAGUCAGUAAAGAAACCGAAGUUCUGGAAGAAAAUUCUUGAUCCACAGAAGCCAUUUCUUCAGCAAUGGAACAAGAUAUUUGUGCUCUCUUCUGUCAUAGCAGUAGCUGUGGAUCCUCUCUUCUUUUACAUCCCAGUGAUCAACGGAGAACGUCAAUGCCUAACCAUAGACCGACAACUUAUGAUCAUUGCUUGUGUUCUUCGUUCAGUCAUGGACUUAUUUUAUGUACUUCACAUGAUCUUUGAAUUUCGAACGGGUUUUCUUCCCCCUUCUUUACCAGUAUUUGGAAGUGGAGAAUUAAUCGAAGAUCCAGCAGCUAUAGCAAAGAGAUAUCUCUUCUCGAACUUCUUGAUUGAUAUCUUAUCCGUUCUCCCACUGCCUCAGCUUUUGGUAUUAGCAAUCAUUCCUGCAGCGAGAGGCCCGGUUCCAUUAAAGACAAAGGAUCUUGUGAAGAUUGCAGUUCUUUUGCAAUAUGUUCCAAGACUUCUCCGAAUCUAUCCACUAUACAGAGAAGUAACCAGAACGGUUGGCAUACUGACAGAAACAGCCUGGAGUGGAGCUGCCUUCAAUCUCCUUAUUUAUAUGCAAGUUAGUCAUGUUGUUGGUGCCAUUUGGUAUUUGUUAUCAGUAGAACGACAAGCCAAAUGCUGGGUCGAGGCCUGCAGGAAAGAUAAGUGUAAGGACAAUUUUCUGUACUGUGGAAAUCAAAGAAGACAAAUACAGCCGUACAUAGAUCAGUAUUGCUCCCCUAAGGAGUCUGAAGAUGGAAAAACCUUCAACUUUGGGAUGUAUGUUGAAGCCCUUAAGUUUCAAUUGACCAGUACGACGUCUUUUCGCCGCAAAUUCUUCUAUUCCUUCUGGUGGGCUUUGAGAAAUGUCAGCUCUAGUGGACAAAACCUUCAAAAAUAUCUGCAGUCAGCAACUGUUAAAGUAGAGCAGAUGAGAAUUAACCGAAGAGACGCCGAGCAUUGGAUGGCACAUCGUAUGCUCCCAGAGGACUUGAGGCAGCGUAUUCGACGAUAUGAUCAGUACAAAUGGCAGCUAAACAGGGGAGUUAAGGAAGAGGAACUCAUCGGUAACCUUCCUAAAGACCUCAGGAGAGACAUCAAACGCCAUCUUUGCUAUGCCCUUCUAAAGAAAGUGCCACUUUUUAGCGGCAUGGACAAGCAACUGUUGGACGCGAUGUGUGAAUAUCUCAAGCCUGUGUUAUUCACAGAGAAGAGCUUCAUUCUGCAAGAGGGUGACCCAAUUGAUAUGGUGCUAUUUAUCAUGAAAGGAAAGUUGGCUACCAUUAUUACUUAUGGUUGGAAAAACGACACUCUUUCGGGCGUUCUUAACGCAGGUGACUUUUGUGGUGAAGAACUAGUUCAAUGGGCAAUGGAUCCCACCUCCACUUCCCUUCCCAUUUCAAGCAGAACAGUGAAGUCUCUUACUGAGGUUGAAGCCUUUGCUCUAAAGGCUAAUGAGUUGAAAUCUGUAACUAGUCAGUUCCACUUCCAGCAUCUCAAUAGCAAGCAAUUCCAACUCUCAGUGAGGUUCUACUCCCAUCAAUGGAAUGUUUGGGCAGCCUACAAAGUACAAGAAGCUUGGCAGGAUUACCGUGAAAGAAAGCGGAGGGGGGUGAGAGGAGAUGGCAGGUUUCAAGAUGCAUUGGCCAAAACGGCUGGCGCCUCGGUGGGCUUUGGCGCCACUCUGUAUGCAUCCAUAUUCAUAUCCCAUCUACUGCAAGUGGUGCAGCGUGAUCAACAUCAGGAAACUACCCAACUCACCCAAGUGAUGACACUACCGCCGCCUCCAAAGCCAGACGAUGAGCCAGACAGCCCAAACUUCACAAUCUUGAAUCCGUAAGAUGUGUUGUUUCAAGCUCGUUAACCUUCUAUGUGAGUUUUAGGUGCUUGGUUUCUUUGUGUGAUAUGUAAAUAACGUAUGAUAAUAAUCAGCAGAAUGGUGUUCCUCUUGCUUGGUUUCAUCUUUCAUAUUCUCUUCUA